UUUUGUCAUUGGUAACCACUGACAGGCAUGCAGUGCAAAAACGUUAGUUUUGGCAAUAGCGUAAUUAUUGCGUAUUUGCUUCAAAUGCACACAAAAUGGCCUCGAAAGGCUUGUUUACGUUGCCAAACCGCCGGCUAGCUAGCUGGAUGCUAACCUGAGCUAACAAGGGCUAAAUAUGACAUUACAAAAUUCACCCCAGACCACGGUGAAGUGGAUUGUUGGCUCAGAUGAAUGUGUGAGAGGACUCUUAAUCCUGCAUACAAAUGGAGGAAAGGACUGUCAUCAGAUAACUGAAGCUUAAUUUUUUAUUGCUGAUGACCCAAGCACAUCACAUAAGAUGUGAAUUUGCUGAAUGAAGAAGAAGAAAGUAGACAAACAUCAUUACAGCGGACUGACCAGCAGAGCAGUUUCCCUCAUAUAGUUUUACAUGUAAGCGUCUCGCCCAGUUUCAUCUCGCUGCUCUGCUUUUGGCGCCUUCUGCCAGCUCUGCUGCGCAGCUGAAGUGGAGUGGACUCCCUCUCCCCAGGCCUCACGUCCUCCCAUCGGCGGCCCGCUCCGGCGGUGUGUUGGUGUACGAUGGCGCGGUGGGACACUAACGGCUGCCGUGGGGGAUUGUGAUGUCAGAGCCCAACAGCCCGGGUGAGAGCCGGCGUGGCGCUCCCAGAUUCUUCGUGGGCUGCGAGGACGAUGAGAGCGAGGUCGUGGAAGGUAGCAUAAGGACAGACAUGGAGCUGUAUGAGGACGAUGAAGACACAGACUCGCCCCCAGAGCAACAGAUCGUGGUGGGGAUCUGUUGCAUGAUGAAGAAGUCCAAGUCCAAGCCAAUGACCCAGAUCCUGGAGAGGCUGUGCAGGUUUGAGUACAUCACCGUGGUAAUCUUCCCUGAGGACGUUAUCCUCAAUGAGCCUGUGGACAAAUGGCCUCUGUGUGACUGCCUUAUCUCCUUCCACUCCAAGGGAUUCCCGCUGGAUAAGGCAGUGAGCUAUGCCAAACUGAGAAACCCUCUGCUAAUAAAUGACCUGAACAUGCAGUACUACAUACAGGACAGGAGAGAGGUGUAUCGCAUCCUGCAGGAGGAAGGGAUUGAUCUCCCACGUUAUACUGUGCUGAACCGUGACCCAGAUAAACCAGAUGAGUGUAACCUGGUGGAAGGAGAGGACCACGUGGAGGUGAACGGAGAAAUAUUCCAGAAACCUUUUGUUGAGAAGCCUGUCUGUGCUGAGGACCACAACGUCUACAUCUACUACCCCACCUCUGCAGGUGGUGGCAGCCAGCGACUCUUCAGAAAGAUUGGGAGCCGAAGCAGCGUCUACUCACCGGAGAGCAGCGUGAGGAAGACGGGCUCCUACAUCUAUGAAGAGUUCAUGCCAACAGAUGGCACUGAUGUUAAGGUUUACACUGUGGGGCCCGACUACGCUCAUGCUGAGGCCCGGAAGUCCCCUGCUCUGGAUGGGAAGGUGGAAAGAGACAGCGAAGGAAAGGAGGUCCGUUACCCCGUCAUGCUCUCAGCGAUGGAGAAACUGGUUGCUCGUAAAGUGUGCUUGGCAUUCAAGCAAACCGUGUGUGGCUUUGACCUUCUCCGAGCCAACGGACACUCCUAUGUCUGUGAUGUCAAUGGUUUCAGUUUCGUCAAGAACUCAAUGAAAUACUACGACGACUGUGCAAAGAUCCUUGGGAAUAUUGUGAUGCGUGAGCUGGCUCCUCAGUUUCAGAUACCUUGGUCCAUCCCAACUGAGGCAGAAGACAUCCCUAUUGUUCCCACCACCUCAGGGACCAUGAUGGAGCUGCGCUGUGUCAUCGCUGUCAUUCGUCACGGAGACAGAACGCCCAAACAGAAGAUGAAGAUGGAAGUUCGAAACCCCAUGUUCUUUGAUCUAUUUGAAAAAUAUGGCGGAUACAAAACUGGGAAAUUAAAACUGAAGAAGCCAAAACAGCUGCAGGAGGUGCUGGACAUCACACGGCAGCUGCUAGCAGAACUGGGACAACACAAUGAUUGUGAGAUUGAAGAGAAGAAGUCUAAACUGGAGCAGCUGAAGACUGUUCUGGAAAUGUAUGGCCACUUCUCAGGGAUCAACAGAAAAGUGCAGCUAACUUACCUGCCCCAUGGGCAGCCUAAAACCUCAAGUGAAGAAGAAGACACACGUAAGGAAGGUCCUUCUCUGCUGCUGGUUCUGAAGUGGGGAGGAGAACUGACGCCUGCCGGCAGAGUGCAGGCUGAGGAGCUGGGCAGAGCCUUUCGUUGCAUGUAUCCUGGAGGACAAGGUGACUAUGCUGGAUUUCCAGGCUGUGGGUUACUGCGGCUACACAGCACCUACAGACACGACCUGAAGAUAUACGCAUCUGAUGAAGGCAGGGUGCAGAUGACGGCUGCAGCUUUUGCGAAGGGUUUGCUGGCUCUGGAGGGUGAGCUGACACCCAUCCUGGUGCAGAUGGUGAAGAGCGCCAACAUGAAUGGGCUGCUGGACAACGACAGCGACUCGCUGAGCGGCUGCCAGCACCGCGUCAAGGCCCGGCUCCAUGAAAUCCUUCAGAGGAACAGGGAGUUCACAGAGGAGGACUAUGAUACGCUGGCCCCAACCUGCAGCGCCUCUUUGGUGAAUUCAAUGAACCAAGUUAAGAACCCGGUGGAGACGUGUGAUCAGGUCUACGCACUCAUUCAGAGUCUCACCUCGCAGAUCCGUAAAAGAAUGGAAGACCCCAAAUCUGCUGACCUGCAGCUGUACCACAGUGAGACUCUGGAGCUGAUGCUGCAGCGCUGGUCCAAACUGGAGAGAGACUUCCGCAUGAAGAACGGCCGCUUCGACAUCAGUAAAAUACCCGACAUUUAUGACUGUGUGAAGUACGACGUUAUACACAACGCUACCCUGGGCCUGGAGGACACACUGGAGCUGUUCAGAUUGUCUCGAGCUUUAGCCGACAUCGUCAUCCCACAGGAGUACGGCAUAAGUAAAGUGGAGAAACUGGACAUAUCAUAUGCCUACUGCCUCCCACUGGUCAGAAAGAUCCAGUUAGACCUGCAGAGGACCCACGAAGAUGAGUCUGUCAACAAACUACAUCCUCUGUACUCUCGUGGAGUGAUGUCGCCCGGCCGUCACGUCAGGACACGUUUAUAUUUCACCAGUGAGAGCCAUGUCCACUCCCUCCUCAGCAUUUUCCGAUACGGAGGCUUGCUUGAUGAGGAGAAGGACCAGCAGUGGAAGCGGGCCAUGGAUUACCUCAGCGCUGUCUCCGAACUCAACUACAUGACGCAGAUUGUCAUCAUGCUGUAUGAGGACAACAAUAAGGACAUCUCCUCUGAAGAGCGUUUCCAUGUUGAGCUCCACUUCAGCCCCGGAGUUAAAGGUGUUGAGGAGGAGGAGAAUGCCCCGACUGGGUUUGGUUUCAGACCUGCAUCUGCUGAGGUGGCACGGCAGAAUGGACAAAAACAGCCUGACCCGGGCAGCCUGGAGGAUCUCUCACGAGAUGAAACUGACCGCGCUGUACCACUGUCUGAGCCAAUCACCAUUCAGAGGAGGUCCCCGCUUAUUCGCAAUCAUAAGACCGGUUCCAUGGAGGUCCUGUCAGAAACAUCCUCCUCCAAAGUUGGCAGCUAUCGCCUUUUUUCGUUCUGCUCACGUCAGUCUCCCGAGAUGAAACAAAGUGGAUUAGGCUCUCAGUGUGCCGGGCUCUUCAGCACCACCGUCCUAGGUGGCUCCUCUAGCGCUCCUAACCUGCAGGACUACGCACGCGCACAUCGCAAAAAAUUCUCCACUGGCAGUCUGUCCUACAAAGACGAGUUGUUGUCUAUGCCGGCAGUAAAACGAUUUUCUGUGUCGUUUGCAAAGCAUCCGACUAAUGGAACUAAAGAUGACACCUCCACUAUAGCAGUGGCUCCAUCUCGUUGGUGCACUGCGAAAGAGCCUUUGAAGGAACACGAUGUGGCCCAGUUACUGAGGUGUUUCUCCACUGACCUCAGCCUGGGCCGCCAACUCUCUCUGGACCAGGCGCUGGCCCACCACCUCCACCAGUGCUCCUACCACCUCCGCCUCUUCCGAAACUGGCUCAUCUCCGGCCAGGACCCCGUAGAGUACCUCCACGGCUUCGAAGGCUGCUCCAUGGUACCCUCCAUCUAUCCUCUGGAAACGCUGCACAACUCGCUGUCCCUGAAACAGGUCAACGAGUUUCUCACCAGCGUGUGUGAGAAUGCAGGAGAUCCACACACCAGGACCACCAGAGCUCUGUCAGCUAUGUUUGGCACACACAACCAGCCGUCAGUAGAUUCGUACAUCCCACAGAGAGUCCUUUCUUCCUCCAUCUCUCUCAGAUCUCGCUCUGACAGACCUCCUUGGUACAGCAGCGGUCCAUCCAGUACAGUGUCCAGCGCUGGACCUUCCUCUCCCACCACAGCCGACACUUCCCCACGGUUCAGCUUCAGCGAUAAGGUCUCCCUAACCCCACAGAGCAGCGAGGAAACCCACUCCUCCCAGAAUGUUCCCGCUCAGCCAGCUCCUGCCUUCGGGUCACAAGGUUUCGAUCCAGCUUAUCCUGCUGUUACAAACCCGACCGAAGUCCCUAUGACUCCAAAUAACUCACCAGAAGAUGAGCCUGAGCUCAGUGCUGAUAACCAGCCAGACAGUCUUGAGCCUCCAGUGGAGGGGGAGGAGGUUGCUUCUGUCAGUUUGGAUCCUUCAACUGAUCUGAUUUCUGAUCCUGGUCUGAGGCCGCCCUGCACUGCCUUAGCUGAACUAGCUCUGGGUCGGAUGGAGGGUUACUGCCUCCCGGGCUCUCUGCCUGUGCUGCUGGAGCUCAGAGAGAGCAGCAGCGAGGCAGGCUCCAGCUCACAGACUCCCCAGUCUCCUGAAGGGCCUGACGAGUUCUUUGACACACAGGAGUCCAUGGAGUUGUGGACAGACAGUCCAGAGAGCGCCCCUCCUCCUGAGACUCCUCUAGAUUCUGGACCCACCCAGACAGCUGAGCCAUAGAUCAUGUUUCUGAUAACACCUCUGACUCUACAAACAUCAGCUGCGUAGUGAUGGAUUGUUCUGGGCUGCAGCCAGCUGGACCUUCCUCUCCCAUGUCUCAUUUCUGGCAGCUCAUCAGGCGCUCGGCUCCGUGCUGGAGAAUUAUAAGACAAUUCCAUACAUGCUGUCCAUUGCCUUUGAAAGUACACCAGUGACACCACUGCUGAGGGCUCACUGGUCCAGUCUGUCUGGAACGUUGUGGUAAGGUUACUGACCAGUUCAAAUGAAACAGCCGCUGUCAGAGAUGUUUCCUUAAAGCAGCAGUACCUGAGUUUGGCCACUAGGGGGCAGAAAGUCCCAAAACAAACACUGAUGAAAGCUUAAAGUCUUAAUCAGAGGAAAUAUCCUGAAAAGCUAAAGUGAGCUUCAAAGCUGCAUCACAUUGUGGUAAUGUAAUGAUUUUCUGACUGAGAUGCUGACUAGUGAAGCUUUAACUUACUUGUACACUGUUACGCAUAUUUCUACAUCUCUCAGACAGUUUCUGCUUUGUCAGAACCAACUGCUAUGUCACAGUCAGGUGACCCGUAUUUCCUGGGUUUGUGACUGUCGUUCUGUUUGUUACAUAAUACAAAAACCUAACUCAGAAACACAAGAAAUGAUGGAGAAAAUCUAAUCAGUGGGUCUUCUUUUCUUCAUCGUGCCCAUCUGGCGCAGUUUCUGAGAUGCUGCACAUUCAGAUCCUGCUACUAAGUCUAAAAUAAAAACCUAAUGACAGCAAAGGAAUCUUCAUCACUUUAAGUAAAAUGUAAGUAUUCAAUCACAAGGUCAAGCCACAUGUGCACUGCUUACUGCCAAAGUCCUUAAUCUCAGUAAAGAUCUAAUAUAAUCAACAGAACAUUAAGGAGAAGAUAUUUAUUUUGGGAUCGCAUUUUAAAAAAGAAAAGUCUGUAUUUUUAAUACUCGCACUUAAGAUAUUUGGUUGUAUUUUUUUUUUUUUUUUUUUUUGUGAAACCUCAAGAUGUGUUAAAAUCUGAACGUCUCAUUUUAUCAUUGAACAAACAGGAGGGGCAUUUUACAGACGGUGUGUUUUUAUGCUCGCGAGCAGAUAUGUAGCACAGAUUCAGGCAUGCACGCACGCCUUGGAGGCCAUUAAAGUCCAUGUCAACGUGCCGCUGUGUUGUGAUCGUCUGGCUGUCAUGUUACAUAUAAAUGUACUGUAGAAGUGAAAUAUACCACUGUGAGUUAGCAACACUGAGAUGAUUGUGUCUCACGUUUUUCACGUUGCUCACACUGCAGCUGUGCACACAUUUUCUGGUCAAAGUGAGUCUUUUCAGAGCUACUGUCUUUAUUUCCCUGGAUUAUUAAAACUUUUUCUGUGAAUACAUUGCCCCAGAACGGUUGAACAUUUAAGUUUGUACUUCUACUUUUUUUUACUACUGAUGACUUAAUUCCAGAUUUUAUUUGCAAAAGAGUUAUAAUGGCACCAAAAAGUAAAAAAUAUACAAAUUAAGUUCAGUGUUUAAAUGUCUGUAUAAUCUGACUUUUUAUUAACUCUUAAAUAGAUCUAUUGUGAAAUUUUACAGUGAACUUGUAGGACUGUGGGUCAAAUUAAAUCCUAUGAAACAUAAGCUGUGUGUGACAUUCAGAAAGUUUUUAUCAUUACCACAAGAUACUUGUGAGGAAAUGUGGGAAUUUGGGUCAAAUGACCCUUUAAAAGCUGAACAAUCCACCUUUUCGUCUCAGAUACUGAAUACAACGCCUAGCAAUGUUCUGGAAAAAUGUCCAUCUGUAAUGAAAAGCUUGUCUUUGCUGAAUACGCCUUUUGGAACGUGUACUUUCUACUUGGCACUUUAUUUUUUUUGCCCGGUCCUGGACUUUGGUUUCUUCCCAUGAAAAGAAAUAAAUACAGUCAAAAUGUAAA